GCAAACAUCAACAAGCGCGAACAGAUGAAACUGUCAGUGGCUUUCAAUAAACUUCAGUCUCGAGAAACUUCUAAACGUGUAAGCGUUGCAUUCGUAAUUUCUUUGUAUUUUGUGUGAUAUAGCAAGUAAAUACGGCUGCGCCUCCUAUAUAGGCCAAUAUUUAUCUGCCAGCGUCAGGUAAAAUUUGAAAGGAAAUUUACGAAAGAAAGAAAAAUGGCCACCCCUGUCGGAUAUGGGGCACUGCUAGAAUGUCCCUACAAUAAAGCCCACCGUGUGCAGGCGACUGCGAUGGCAAGGCAUCUGUUCAAAUGUAGGAAAAUGUACCCGGAUGUGGUAUUAGUGACAUGCCCUUUCAACCAUGCCCACAAGAUAGCGGAGCCUGAAUUGAAGAUGCACACCGCCACCUGUGAGGAUCGGGCUAACUUUGAUAUGUACAAAUACUGCAUCACAACAGCGGCUGCAACACACACUUCGAAAGACGUUCAAGAACCGGAACUGAUAUACAAUCGGGAGGAUCCGAUAGCGCCCAAUAAAGUACAGGAUGACGACGAGUGCUGGGAUGAUCUUCGUUUGCCAGCGUACAAUCCACAGGAAUAUUGUGCCACGGCGAAAAUUAUUCGCAAGGCUACAUUGAAAACGCCAUCGGAGAAAAAAGUAUUCUACGAGGAGGAAAUGAAACGGCAUCAAGUGCUGGAUGUUAAAAUUAAGCAAGAAUUCGACGAUGUGAAAGACGGCAGCAGCAGUAGCGGUGGUAGACAUGCAUCGCGUUCCCAUUCGAGGAUCAGAAAUGCGUCGAGGUCGCGUUCUCGAUCCAGACGUUCGAGGUCAAAUUCUAGAAAGUCCCGCUCAAUCACACCAACUCGCGAAAGAAAGUUUAAGCGAUCUCGUUCGCGAUCCGUGGAAGCUACGAAACAACGCAAGCGAGGUCGUUCGCGAUCGGUGGAAACCAAGCGUAGCAGCAAGCGGUCCCGUUCGCGAUCCGUGGAACGCAGAUACAGGCGGUCGCCUUCUCCAGCUUACAGACGCAAUCCGUACGCUAUGGUUAGUUAUCCUACUCGAGUGUUCGACCGCUAUGCUAGUGACGAUUUCCGGAACAAUAGCUACGCUGGUUCUUCUUCUUCCUAUGAACCGUACGGUGGUUAUUCGCGGCCCGAUUAUUAUGUACGCUAUGACCGAUACGAGCGGGACCGCCGCCCGGCUCACCGGGUUUAUUCGCCAGAUCGUGAAGAUGAAGAGUAUAUCUAUCGUAGGGAUUUCCGAGACUAGACUUUCAAUUAUUAUUUGAAAUUGUGGGAAAAUAUUGUAAACGUUGUAGUGCUUAAGUAUAAAUAUCUACAAAUACAUUAGAUUGUGGACCUAAACUUUAGACUUCGUUCAAUAAAUGAAAAUAAUUGUAUGUA